UGUCAACAUUAAAGAUGAAGAAGAGGAGGAGGAGAUUGGAAUAUCUGUUUCUCAUGGUAUGAGGCCGGCAACAUCAACACUGAGGACAAACCCAACCUGCCUCUCUCCUUCCACACUGAGUCCAAACCUACAGUCACUGGGUCCUGAUUGUGACAGUGGAGCCCAGUUUGCACUGCAGGAUCCAGAGAUGGCAUCAGUGAAGCUGGAAGACUGCAGUCAAACACUGGAGCUGAAUGUCAACAUUAAAGAUGAAGAAGAGGAGGAGAUUGGGAUAUCUGUUAAUCAUGGAGACCAUGUUGAGACAUUCUCUACAUCCAGAGAGCAACAGCAGAAAGAUCACAGAGCUAAGAGGUCUCAUCCCUGCCCACAUUGUGAGGAAAUAUUCCCAUUUCUAUCAAAGCUGAAAGUACACCUAAAAAUACACACAGGAGAGAAUCGGUAUUCCAGUGGGAAGAAUUUCACAACAUCCAAGGCUCUGACAGUUCAUCAGAGAGUGCACACAGGAGAGAAGCUGUUCUCCUGCUCUGACUGUGUAAAAUGCUUCACAACAUCAGCUAGACUAAAAGUUCACCAGAGAACACACACAGGAGAGAAGCCUUAUUCCUGCUCUGACUGUGCGGCGAGUUUCUCUCUACUGUGCAACUUAAAACGACAUGAACGUAUACACACAGGAGAGAAGCCUUAUUCCUGCUCUGAUUGUGGAAACAGUUAUUCUCUACUGGGCCACUUAAAAAGACAUGAACAUAUACAUACAGGAGAGAAGCCUUACUCCUGCUCUGACUGUGGAAAGAGUUUCUCUCGACUGGGCCACUUAAAAACACAUAAACAUAUACAUACAGGAGAGAAGCCUUACUCCUGCUCUGACUGUGUAAAAUGCUUCAUAACAUCAACUGAGCUAAAAGUUCAUAAGAGAACACACACAGGAGAGAAGCCUUACUCCUGCUCUGACUGUGUAAAAUGCUUCACCACAUCAGCUGUUCUAAAAGUUCACCGGAGAACACACACAGGAGAGAAGCCUUUCUUCUGCUCUGACUGUGGAAAAUGCUUCAUAACAUCAGCUGUUCUAAAAGUUCACCAGAGAACACACACUGGAGAAAAGCCUUACUUCUGCUCUGACUGUAGCACGAGUUUCUCUCAAUCGGGCAGCCUAAAAAAACAUGAACGUAUACACACAGGUGAGAAGCCUGUUAAAAACACCAACUAUAUGGCACAAAGGGAUUAAUGGUAUUCUUCAUUAGUUUCUUAAAGGGAGCAGAGUUGUUUUUAUUUUAUUUAACCUUUAUUUUCCGACACCUUUCUGGAGUUGGAACUUGCCGAGUCAGGAGCGUCUGUCUGUGUGCAAGGCCUGCUACGCCAGCGCUGGUGACACUGAAGGUUAGGAGCGUCUGUCUGCGUGCAAGGCCUGCUACGCCAGCACUGGUGACCACUGAAGGUUAGGAGCGUCUGUCUGCGUGCAAGGCCUGCUACGCCAGCGCUGGUCACACUGAAGGUUAGGAGGGUCUGUCUGCGUGCAAGGCCUGCUACGCCAGCGCUGGUCACACUGAAGGUUAGGAGCGUCUGUCUGCGUGCAAGGCCUGCUACGCCAGCGCUGGUCACACUGAAGGUUAGGAGCGUCUGUCUGCGUGCAAGGCCUGCUACGCCAGCGCUGGUUACACUGAAGGUUAGGAGCGUCUGUCUGCGUGCAAGGCCUGCUACGCCAGCGCUGGUGACCACUGAAGGUUAGGAGCGUCUGUCUGCGUGCAAGGCCUGCUACGCCAGCGCUGGUGACCACUGAAGGUUAGGAAGGUCUGUCUGCGUGCAAGGCCUGCUACACCAGCGCUGGUGCACACUGAAGGUUAGGAAGGUCUGUCUGCGUGCAAGGCCUGCUACGCCAGCGCUGGUCACACUGAAGGUUAGGAGCGUCUGUCUGCGUGCAAGGCCUGCUACGCCAGCGCUGGUCACACUGAAGGUUAGGAGCGUCUGUCUGUGUGCAAGGCCUGCUACGCCAGCGCUGGUCACACUGAAGGUUAGGAGCGUCUGUCUGCGUGCAAGGCCUGCUACGCCAGCGCUGGUGCACACUGAAGGUUAGGAGCGUCUGUCUGCGUGCAAGGCCUGCUACGCCAGCGCUGGUGCACACUGAAGGUUAGGAGCGGAGAAGCGGUCAUCGGAUUGGAAAACCUGAUGCACCUUGGGCCGUGGGAACAUCUACGUUCUGCACAACAGUCUACUGGUCAUUGCACACCUGUGCUGAAAUACCUCUAAAAUCCGGCAUUAUGUAUCUGUUACCGUGCCUGCUCUUUACUCAAUGCCAUCCUGGAUUAAAUAGGCUGGAUGAUCAAUGGGUCAGUGAAUUAUCUUCGCCUUAUGCCCUACAAUUUGUAAACACUCAGACAAGACCAUCAUGUCAAUACCACCAGGAACUUGGUCUCUCUCUGCAUUUAUAACACUCAAACGCAACUGGACCUACACUUGAUGGCAUACUUCCAAAAUCUCAAACUAUUGAUUUACUUUUUUUCCUGUGUCAAAAGACUUUUCGUUUUAUUGACAAUGGUGCUGGCUCUGCCAAGUCCUCACGCAUUGGUCAACUGAGAUAUAUUGUUAUGCUUUUGUUGUUGAUCUCUGGUAAUGUGCGACCAAACCCUGGGUCGGGAGAUACCAUGCAAUCUCUACCGACUCCCUAUGAUUUUAAAAACAGAAGGUUUUGUCCUCUUGCAUGUUAAUGUUAUUUCCAAAAAUAGACAUGAUUAGAAUACGGGCCAAAACAACAAAUGCAGAAAUAAUGGUUUUAUCAUAAACUUGGCUAAAGAAAUCUGUGUCAAAUAACUGGAUUUCUUUUGAUGGGUUCAUGGUUUCUAGAGCUGAUCGGAUGAGUAAAGGUGGAGGGGUUGCAAUUUAUGUUAAAUCUGAGUUUAACACCUCUGAAAUUCUCUCGAUUACCAAGCCAAACAUUUUGAAUUGCUUGCGGUUAAAGUGAACGUAUGUAAGGACUCCCACAUCACUGUAGUCGGCUUUGGGAGACACACUAAACUCUUUCUGAUGUCC